AUGUCCAGCAAGGUCAAUCUCACAGUCGACGAUUUUGACCCUAUCGUCGCCUACUCCAACUAUGACGAAUGGACCACACCAAACCCACAGGACAACCCUACUUGGUUCAACGCUUCUCAAGAUGUGACCGGGUCCCAGUGGCAUCAAGCUACGUACCACCUGACGACUGUGUCCGGCGCCCAGGCUUCCUUCAACUUUACCGGUAACGGUCUCUGGGUGUAUGGCGGUACCGGCACGAGCCCAAACUAUACGAUCACUUUGGAUUCCAGCUCGUCGCAGCCAUUCACCAGCUCCUAUUCCACACCCAACUUGACCGACGGCCGCACCUUGCUGUACGGCACAGACCAGCUGGCUUACGCCGAGCAUCAGCUCGUUCUCACCAACCAUGGCGAUGGCCUGCUUCUUGACCUCAUUGUUGUAGGUGUGGAGCUGGGUGGCGACAGCGCGACUCUUGCCAACACCACGCUGGACGACCGCGCUAGUGAGCUUCAAUACUCUGGCUCGUGGACCCAGCAGACCGGGCCCAACUUUUACAACCAGACCUCGACGUACACUGGCGGCCCCGGACCCUACUUCGAGUUGAACUUUACUGGCUCGGCCGUCUACAUUUAUGGCGACCAGGUCAAUGACCAUGGCCCGUACUCAGUCUACAUCAACGACACGAACGUGGCCACCCACACUGGUCGCUCUGGGUGUGGUGGUGGUUACGCAAAAUACUGUGAAAAGGUUCACGGCUUGGCAUUCUUUGCGGGCAGUCUUCCCGAGGGUCAGCACACUCUGCGACUCGUUAACGAAGGACCCAGCAGCGGCAACACGACCUACUUUGACUUUGACUACCUCGAGUACACCGUGCCGAGCGUCUACUCGUCCCAGACUGUUGAAUCCGCUAGCUGCCCAUUCACCAACUGCACCAGCGCCAGUGCGGCGUCGACGUCGGGAACUGCUACUACUGGGGCAGCUGGCCAAUCCUCGUCUACCGCGGAAGCCAAGAGCAGUGCUGGCCUGCCGACUAGCGCGAGCAACGCCGCGCUCUUGGCCGUGGCCGGAACCUGGCUCCUCCGCAAGUUUAUCAACUAG